CUGAUCAAGAGUCAAGUGUUCAGAGAGAAUCGUUCUCUGAUCCGCAUAUAAACUCUGCUCGGUUCGGUUCGGCUGGUGUCAGAAAUCAUGGCGGAGGAAACGAUCCUGAAGGUUUUGUGCGGGAAUCACGGAUCGAUGGAUUAUGAGCGUCUUUUGGACAUUUCGUACGGACUGAAAGAAAUAUCAGCGGAGAAUUCACUGGAUAGAAUCAUCCGCCGCAACGACAUCUUCACCGUCGUUCAGCGCGACGAAAGUAAAGAGGUUUUCGCACAAACUACCGUCAAACUGUGUAGAAAGACCGAGUGUGACGAGCUGUGUGAGAACCUCCACCUGUGUAAAUAUAAACUGAUGAUGGGACACUGCAAAAGGAACGGCUGCAGUUUCGGACACCAGCUGAUGUCCGAACACAAUGUGAGGAUCCUAAAAGCUCAUCAGAUGAUCCGUCUGAGCCGAGAAGAUCUGUGUGUGAUAUUACUGCAGUCCGACAGCGGCCUCCUGCCUCCCGUGUGCAUCACGUAUAACCGAGGAAGAGGUCCGCGUGGAUACUGUCCGGACGGAGAGAAGUGCGCGAGGCUGCAUGUGUGCGAGCGCUUCAUCAGAGGACGCUGCGGCGACACGGACUGCGGCCGGUCGCAUGAUUUCCACGAGCCUCAGGCCAGAAAAGUGCUGUGGUUCAGAGGCGUGCCGCAGCAGCUCAUGAACUCGCUGCCCUUCAUCUACCGCAACAUCCUCGCGCUCAAGACUCAACCGGACCGAAGAAACACAGACUUCCAGCCUCACAGAAGCUCUGACGGAGAGAGUGAGAUCUGCCUGUCGUUCAUCAGAGGAUUCUGCGGAGCAGAUAAAUGCAGUAAAAUACACUGUAAAAUGCCGUAUAAGUGGGAGGUGAAGGCGGGCCGCAGGUGGCAUGAGUUACCCAACAGUGAACAGAUCGAGCUGGAUUACUGCGACCCGUCCAACAUACACAGUUCUGGAAACGAGCCGGUUUGUUUUGAGGAAAUGACUCUGGGUCUGGACGAGGUCCGGCGUCUCUCCACACAAUCCUCCAUUCUCCUGCCCGGCUUCACCCUCACCACCUGCUGGAGCUGGUUCUGGAAGAACGAGUACAACCGCUGGAUCCAGUAUGCGUCGAUAGCGGAGAUGCACCAGAUGUCUUCGGUCAACAGCGAGCAGCUGGAGCACAGAUAUCAGGAGUAUCUUCAGCAGGAGCAGGAGGACGCUGGGGUCAAGUUUAGUGUGGGAAACCGCUUCUAUGAGCUCCGCUUCAGAGACAUGAAGCAGAGAAAUGAGGUGAGCGGCACAGAGAGGCCUGUCAGGCGCCGGCCAGUGUUUGUCUCAUCGGUCAACGUCCAGAUCGCCAGAGCGAGAUGUUGCAGCGCCAUUAAGACUCGCUUUUCUAAAGGUGUUCCUGGAUUUUGGGACCAAACUGCCAUUCCUGACUUUGGAUUUCAGAGAGUCCGUCUCUGGCCGUCUAACAGAGAUUACGUGAGAGUCCACGAGCGCUUCAGCCAAACUCUGAGGGGUUUUAACGUCCGUCGGAUUGAGCGUGUGCAAAACAGGGAACUCUGGGAAGACUUCAUAAUAAAAAAGGAACAAAUGAAAAUCACAAACAAGCAGGAUAAAUAUGGCGAUCGGCUUUUAUUCCACGCCACUGAGUCCUCUCUGGUCGAAGCUGCAUGUCUGAGAAACUUUGACUUUGAGGCGUCGGAUACAGCAGCGUAUGGACAGGGGAUUUAUUUCUCGAAGGACCCCAGGUACUGGAUUGAGCGGGCUGACGGUUGUGCGGUCUGGCUGAUGUUCGUGUGCAGGGUGAUGGUUGGGUAUUACACCAGAGGAGCGGCUCAUUUCCGCCAGCCUCCGGCCAGAAACGCUGAAGGAAGUCUGUAUGACAGCUGUGUCGAUAAUCCGCGUGACCCGUCCGUUUUUGUAGUGUUUGACAGGUGUCAGAUCUACCCCGAGUUUCUUAUUACCUAUGAGGACACUAACAAGUAUUCACCGUCUGAUAUCGCUCAGGUAGACGCGGAAGAAACUAAUCAAACUCCUAAAGCCACGGAACCUGAGCAAACCUCAGUUAUCUUCACCAACUCCAGCAGGUGCACAAGCUCAGUCCGUUCAAUCGAGGGUCCAGAUUCUGAGCCACUACACACUUCAUCCUCCUCCAGACGAACAGAGCCUCUCAUUACGCUCUUAAGUUCAACAUUAGACACAACUGUGGGCGUCUCCACUGCACGUCCUGUCUCAGCUCAAAGCAUCUUCGCUGCACUUCCUGUCUCAGCUGAAAGUGCCUUGAAUGCACGUCCUGUCUCAGCUGAACGCAUUUCCACUGCACUUCCUGUCUCAGCUGAACGCAUUUCCACUGCACUUCCUGUCUCAGCUAAAAGUGUUUCUGCUGCAUUUCCUGUCUCAGCUGAAAGUGCCUUGAAUGCACGUCCUGUCUCAGCUGAACGCAUUUCCACUGCACUUCCUGUCUCAGCUAAAAGUGUUUCUGCAUGCACUUCCUGUCUCAGCUGAAAGUGCCUUGAAUGCACGUCCUGUCUCAACUCAAAGCAUCUUCGCUGCACUUCCUGUCUCAGCUGAAAGUGCCUCGCAUGCACUUCCUGUCUCAGCUGAACGCAUUUCCACUGCACUUCCUGUCUCAGCUAAAAGUGUUUCUGCUGCAUUUCCUGUCUCAGCUGAAAGUGCCUUGAAUGCACGUCCUGUCUCAGCUGAACGCAUUUCCACUGCACUUCCUGUCUCAGCUAAAAGUGCCUCGCAUGCACUUCCUGUCUCAGCUGAACGCAUUUCCACUGCACUUCCUGUCUCAGCUAAAAGUGUUUCUGCUGCAUUUCCUGUCUCAACUGAGGACUUUUCCACUGCAUUUCCUCUUUCAGCAAAGGGUGUAUCCACUGCACAUCCUCUCUCAAGUGAAAGUGCCUCGAAUGCACUUCCUGUCUCAUAUGGUUCUAGAAUUCCUGCUCAGAGUUGGUCUCGCUCCGGUGCAUCCGUGUGUUCCUCUCAUCAGCGCAUCCUUCCACACGAACGCCGCGGAGACUCUUCAGCAGACGCACACAGAAACCCAAACAAACCCGCACCGCAGAAGAAGAACUGUGCUGUCAUGUGAUCUGUCACUGCAAAAAAUGAUUCUCUUACUGAGUAUUUUUGCCUUGUUUUCUAGUAUAAAUAUCUAAAAUUCUUGAAUCAAUAUGAAUUUACUUUACAAGUAAAGUGGCUUAAGAUAUUAAGUCUUGUUUAGUAACAUUAGUUUUUAAAACAAGCAAAAAUAUCUGUCAAAAUUUUGCAGUGCACUGCGUUCAAUGAGAGAAAUACUAUUGAGUUCAAAGGUGUAAGUUAUUUAUGGAAAUGGAUGUUUAUGCAGUUCAUAUAGACGUAAGAGUUAAUUAUUGAUCUGGCUGAACAGAUGCAGUGCAUGUCACGCUGAAAACAUGAAGAAAUCAUCUUCUAAUCUCUGCAUGAUCACAUGCCCGCCACAGCGUUUAUAAAUGUGCAGUAUAAUCCUACUAAAAACACUAAGAUUUUGUUUAGUUGUGUCCUGGUCAGAUUUGGUUUGGUUUCUGUUCAUUCGAACGGAAUAAAAGCUGACGCCAAACAGCUCUCUGGUGACUUUGCUCUUUUUAUAUUUUACUUUACAUGCAUGCAUUUGUUAGAUGCUUUUAUCCAAAGCGCCUUGAUCAGUUCUUGUAUCUUUUCUUGAAAUAAUGCAUUUGCAUCCUAAUAAUUUCAUAGUUUGCUCUGGACUCGCUGGUGGUUUAAUCUCUUCAGCGUAUCCUUAAAGAGCGCCUCUGGAUUUCACCCGAGACCAUUAGGAUUUAGUGCAUUGUGGGAUUAUUUUCAUGCAUUUUUGACGUUAUUUAUUAUUCGUUGUCUUUUGGUUGUUCAUGUGUUUCUGUUUGAGGAUCAAAUCAAACUUCUGCCGGGUCACUGAGGAGCGACACGAGUCCACCAGAGCUGUUCUCUGAUUAUUUUAGACCCUUUAACUGUAUUUUCACAGUAAUUUUGUUUGUUUUUUAACCUGUUUAAUCAAUAGUGACUGUGAAGAAGAUUUUCAUUUAUAAAGCUCUAAAAAUGUUACUGACUGGUGCAUUUCCUGCAGAUAUGGAAAAAAUAAAGGCUCUCAAUUAAAUAUG